GAAACCGUGGUUAUUACCCAGAAAUUUAUCUUCGGUGUCACUAUCGAUCUUCUACUUUUCCCUUUUUAACAAAUCAGUGGAUUAAAUUAAGGAAAAUUAACAAACGAUUGCAUCAUCAUCAACAUGAGGAAGCGAGAUUUAGCAAUCCUUAUGCUUGCCGCUUUCGCCAUUUUCUUCUCCCUUCAGCACGAAGGUGAUUUUUCGUUUAAGGAGGCGUGGUACCAUCUAUCGGAUGAAUAUCCGAUUAAAUACGAGGGAGAACGUCUUCCGCCACCUAUUGUGUCCGAUCUUAAUGGAGAUGGAAAGAAAGAGGUUCUUGUGGCUACCCAUGAUGCUAAAAUUCAGGUUUUGGAACCUCACUCUAGGCGUGUGGAUGAAGGUUUUAGUGAGGCUCGUGUUCUUGCAGAGGUGUCCCUGUUACCUGAUAAGAUCCGUGUUGCUUCUGGUAGACGGGCAGUGGCCAUGGCCACAGGAGUGGUUGAUCGAUCUUUCAAGCGUGGUAACGUACAAAAACAGGUCUUGGUUGUUGUGACGUCUGGUUGGUCUAUAAUGUGUUUUGAUCACAACCUCCAAAAGUUAUGGGAGACAAACGUACAGGAGGACUUCCCACACAAUGCUCACCAUAGAGAGAUAUCUAUCUCUGUAAGUAAUUAUACAUUAAAACAUGGAGAUGCCGGGCUUAUAAUUGUUGGAGGGCGGAUGGAAAUGCAGCCACAUAUGCACUUAGAUCCUUUUGAAGAAAUUAUAAUGGCUGAGGAAAGUGCCGACCAGCAUAGGAGAAGUGCAAGCGAAAAAGAAUCUGCAGAUACUCCAGGAGCUGUGGAUUUACGCCAUUUUGCUUUUUAUGCUUUUGCGGGGCGAAGUGGUGCACUCCGCUGGAGUAGAAAGAAUGAGAAUGUUGAAGCGGCUUCUUCAGAUGAAUCUCCACUAAUUCCACAACAUAAUUAUAAGCUUGAUGUUCAUGCUCUUAAUAGGCGUCAACCAGGAGAGUUUGAAUGCAGGGAAUUCAGAGAAUCAAUCCUUGGAACUAUGCCACAUCACUGGGAUAGGCGGGAAGAUACAAUGCUAAAGCUGGCACACUUCAGACGCCACAAGAGGAAGGCAGUGAAGAGAACACCUGGAAAAACGUCAAACUACCCAUUCCACAAGCCAGAGGAAAACCAUCCUCCAGGGAAGGACUCUACGAAAAAGAUUUCGAACUUGAUUGAGAAAGCUGCAAGUUUUGCUAAUUCAGCGAAGACUAAGAAGGCAUCACCUUAUGUUCCCACAAUUACAAAUUACACGCAGCUCUGGUGGGUACCUAAUGUUGUGGUGGCUCGUCAAAAGGAAGGGAUUGAGGUUUUGCAUUUGGUAUCUGGUCGCACAUUAUGCAAGCUUCAUCUUCAAGAGGGUGGCCUGCAUGCUGAUAUUAAUGGAGAUGGUGUUCUUGAUCAUGUCCAGGCUGUUGGGGGAAAUGGUGCCGAGCAAACUGUUGUUAGUGGAUCAAUGGAAGUGCUACGACCUUGUUGGGCUGUUGCAACCUCUGGUGUACCAGUACGAGAACAACUCUUUAAUGUUUCAAUAUGCCAUCACUCUCCUUUCAACUUAUUCCCUCAUGGAGAAUAUUCCAGAAGCUUUGGACGAGCUCUAGAUGUAAGUUCACUUGAGGUAGCAACACCAAUCCUCAUCCCAACAAACGAUGGCCAUAGGCAUCGCAAGGGAAGCCAUGGAGACGUUGUUUUUCUAACAAAUCGCGGGGAGGUAACAGCAUACACUCCAGGGUUGCAUGGGCAUGAAGCUGUUUGGCAAUGGCAGCUGUUGACUGGCGCGACAUGGUCAAACCUGCCGUCGCCAGCAGGAAUGAUGGAUGCUGGUUAUGUGGUUCCCACUCUGAAGGCGUUUAAUUUGCGGAUGCAUGAUAAUCAACAUUUGAUCUUAGCAGCCGGAGAUCAAGAGGCUCUAGUGAUUUCUCCUGGAGGAAGUCAACUAGCAUCUAUCGAUCUUCCUGCACCACCAACUCAUGCGUUGGUUGAUGAUGACUUCUCAAACGAUGGUUUAACAGAUCUGAUUGUUGUGACUUCAAAUGGGGUGUAUGGGUUUGUUCAAACCAGGCAACCUGGUGCUCUCUUCUUUAGCACUCUUGUUGGGUGCCUAAUUGUGGUGAUGGGUGUCAUAUUCGUGACCCAACACUUGAAUUCCAUGAAGGGGAAACCUCGAGUUGCAUCGGGUCAGCUUUAAGGCAUAUGGUGCGAGUCUUGACGGAAAUGUUGUGGCAUGGGCCCAGACACCCAGUAAAAGAUGAAGCAAAGAUGGUAUACAAAAGGUGAGUCUUUAAAUCAACAAUGACUUGGUUUUUAUGUUUGAGGUUCGGUAUGAUUUAGCUCUAGUACCAAACCAAACCCUUAGAGUUGUCUUUUUAUUUCAAGUAUUUUAGUAUAAGAGGGUUUUUGUAUACAAAUCUCUGUUGUCUCGAAGCACAUUUAACCAUGUAUUAUACUCUUGUUGCCCCGUUAAAAGCCCGCUUUCAAUUUUGUAUGUUCA